AUCCAAAAAUUUGUGUGCAAUUUUAUUAUUUGACUUUGGGUCAUAACCCCAAAUAAAUAAGCUCCAGCCACUGAUUCAUGGCCAGUGGGAGGCGCAAGGGGUUGGUUAUUUUCAUGGGAAAUAUGCAAUCGCAAGAUUUAAUUGUAGCCUUGUUUUUUAAUUUGUCAGCCACCGCUCAUGGGAGAAUAUGGAAAAAAAAAAAAUUAGUGAGAGCUUAAGAUGAUGGCGGAGGCCGAUGGAACCUAUCCUAACCUUUUGAAUUGAGGCCCAAAAUCGAUAAGGAAUAGGGCAAGUGACUUGAUAAGCUCCCAAGUCUGCGAUGGUUCUUUUUUUUUUUUGGCGGUGAGUCUGCGAUGGGCAACGACGAGUUUGGGCAUCGGUUAAAGCCACCAUAGGGACGUCAUCACUCUCAGGUGGCGCAGCCCCAGAGAAAGUAGUAGUGUCAAGUAUUUCUAGUUUGCAACAAUGGUGGUCAACGGGUAAUUUUUUUGUUUUUACAGAGGUUACGGGGUGUUAACGGCAAUACAUGUUGGUUGCUGAUGCGUAUAAGUUGUACACAAGUCCAAAUUUUAUUGGACGGUAGUAUCAAUCAGCAAUGUCAGCUGGUACUACAAUAGUAUUGUAUAGUUUCUCUUAAAAUUGUAUUUCAUUCCACCAAAUCCGUCCCCAUAACUCAAUUUCUCAUAUCUGAAAAUAAAUUUUGAAGCUAGAAUUUUUAUCAGUUUUAUUUCUAAUGAGUUGGGUAUGGAGGAUAAAAAUUGAAUAUAUGAAUGGAUUUGGAGAUAUUUUCGAGUAUAGUGUUCGAUAUGUUGUGCUCAUGAUGCUUUUUCAGUUCAUAUAUGUAUACAUAUUUUUGGUCGAAUUGAGUAUUGCGUGUAUUAGGGCUGGAUGGAAAUAGCAUACCGACACACCCCAUUGCCCCAUUGUUAAUCAUAGUGUGUCAAAUUGAGAGUCAUUUUCAUCUAUCAAGUUUAAACAUGGUAGCUAAAUUGUGUAAACUAUUAUAAAUACACACAUUCCUCGAAAGAGUCAAUAGCUGUCAAAGCCAUAUCAGCACCACCGGAGCUUUGUUCGAUUCGUCACUUUCACUUGAGUAGGAAAAGCGAGCAGAGGAGCUGAAGUGCUGUUUAUCAGUUUUGCGAUCAGAUGAAGUGCAUAUCGUGCCAGGAUCUCUACGACGAAGAUGCCGCCGGCACGUGCAAGGAGUGCUACGAGGAGGCCAACGAGACCGAAGAGGAGCUGAAGCGCGAGAUCGACGAACUCAAGGCCAAGGUCGCCUUCCUCAAGUUCUGGUCCCCAACUCCCAGCGCUAGGUCUCACCCCGCUUCCUUCUCCGACGUCGUUUUGGUUGCCUCCGAGGAUACCUCCGCCGGAGCCCCUGUAGCCGUUCCGGCCCAUAAGGCCGUUUUGGUGAGCCGUUCUCCGGUGUUCAGAGCCAUGCUUGAGAAUGAGAUGGAAGAAAGCCUGAGUGGCACCAUUAAGAUUGGCGAUGUGUCCUACGAUGCCCUUCGCACGUUUGUCAACUACCUGUACACAGCUGAGGUAUGCCUUGAUGAGGAUAUGGCCUGCGACCUGCUAAUACUGGCUGAAAAAUACCAGGUGCAGCAUCUCAAGGACUAUUGUGAAAAGUUCUUGGUGUCCAAGCUGAAUUGGGACAAUUCAGUUAUGAACUACACCUUUGCGCACCAGCACAAUGCCAAGCAUAUCAUCGACGCAGCCUUGACAUUGAUCACAGACAACAUGGACAAGCUUACUACCCGGGAGGAGUACGUGGAGCUAGUGGAGAAAGAUCCACGACUCGUUGUUGAAAUAUAUGAAGCUUAUCUCUCCAAACAGGUCAAUACUGCUGCCCAGAAAGAUUCUUCCCGGAAGACAUAGUCUAGUGAGCGAAUUCCUCUUACCCUGACCUGAGCUUUCGAUCAGUGUUCGUUUUCUCUGUAUAUUUAGUAUAGAUGAACUAAAAAAUAUACAAAUAUCAGGCGGUAAAUUUUGUGGUAGCACAUGGAACAUAAAUUGUAUGCAUGUAGUUUUUGUUUUCAAAUGAGCAUUUUGGAGCCUUUCUUAUUCUUACCGGUGGCAUAAUUGGAGCUAGCUUUUGUUACUCUGGACUGUAUCUGGUGGCAUAAUUUGUCGUUAAGUUAAUGAUCUGUGUGCAGAUUGGCACUAUUCUA